AUGGCCACGCCCAACGAUGACGCGUUGCUGUGGCAAGCAGCUCAUGAUUUUUUCGAGGAGGAGGCGAGCAGUGGCCCCACUGGGCACACUGGCAGUGUGCCAGCGGGCAGCUCACUGUUGGAAGGCGCAGACGGCGCAUUCAACGGCGUAACGGCAGCCCAUAUGCAACAGCUGCAGCAGCAACACCAGCAGCAACAACAACACGGCGGCGCUUCCGCGCUUGCUGCAGCAGCGCAAGUGGGCGGCGCAGCACGGCCCCCGUUGCAUCAUGGAGGAGAUGGAAGUGGAAGUGGAAGCUUGGGUAGCGGUGGUGGCGGCGGGGGCGGUGUGGGCGGAUCCGCUGCCUACUUGCUACCUCGUAGCGGCAGCUUUGGCGCGGCCCCUGCGCUUCCUGGCGCGGCGCUCAUGACAGGCGGCCUGGGCACUGCAGGCGGUGUGCUGCUGCCGGUUGCGCACCUGCCUUACAGCAUGGGCCCGCAGCAGGGCAUCGCCAUUGUGCCGGCUCACCAUCCCUUUGCAGCGGCCCAUCACCAGCAGCAGCAGCAGCAGCAACACCUGCAGCACCUGCAACAGCUGCAGCUGCAGCAACAGCAGCAGCAACAAGCGCUAGGCGCGAGCGUCGCUCAGUCUCCACCCGCCGCCGGCGACUCGAGCUCUGGUGGAGACCCAGACGCCGACUAUGGAGACUACGGCGGCGCCGCCGCCCCCAGCGGCCGCGCCGGCCGAGGCCGCGGCCGCGCCGGCGCUGGUGCUGCCGCCGCCGCCGCAGCAGCAGCGGCCGGCGGCGGCGGCCCGGGGUCGCAAAACCGCUCAGCGCUCGCGCAGCGGCGGUUCAGGGAGCGGCAGAAGGAGAAGAUGCGGUCCAGCCUGCAGCGCGUGGAGGAGCUGUCUGCGCAGCUGGGGGCGCUGAUGGCUGAGAAGGAUCGAAUCCAGGCGCGCAGCCGGCUGUACGAGCAGAUGCUGCACCUCAACCUCCACCACGAGGCGCGGCUGCACACCGACAAGGAGAUCAUGGUGCGAGAGCAGGAGAUGCUGUUGGAGGAGCUGGCUGCAUUCGUAAACAUUGUCUCCGGCCUCGACCCCGCCGCAGCCGCCGCGGCCGCGCAGCGCCGCGCGGCCGACAGCGGAGGGGCCGGCGGCGGCGGCGGCGGCAGCGGCGGCAGCGGCGCGGGCGGCGGCGUGAGCGUGGAGGACGUGCGCGGCUGGAGCCUGCAGCACUAUGCAGACCGCGUGUUCCCGGGCUACAUCCGCCGCCUGCAGCAGCUGCUCGCCGCGCCCGAGCGCUCGCCGGGCGCGCCGGACGGCGGCGGCGGCGGCAACAGCAGCGGCGGCGGCGGCGAGCUGGAGCGGCUCGUGGCGUGGCGGCGGGAGCACGAGGACCGGCGGGCCAUGUUUUCUCACUUCUACUGGGCGGCGUACUUGGUGAAUCGAGAGGACAUGGCAGCAACCGCGGCGGCGCCGCCGCCUGAGGCGACGUGGGCGGCCGUGCUGCAGCUGCUGGCUCUCAGGCCAGACCAGGAGGCGUCGAUUGUCGCCGCGCGCCGCUCCCUCCUGGCGGAGCUCUCGCGCGUCGCCUGCGACUGGGCGGCGGUGCUGCCCGCGCUCGCGCUGGAGCUGCUGCAGGUGCCGCAGGAGCGCUGGGCGUCGUGCGCCAACGUGGGGCGCAUGAUCGCCAACCUGGUGUCGGAGCGCGAGGCGGUGGCUGCGUUCGUCAACACAGUCUGCAGCGAGACCUUGACGCUGCAGCAGGAGGCACAGCUUGAGGCGGCCUCAUACCCCUGGUGCCCAGACGUGUGGGCCAUGUCAGGCCUGCUGGCGCGCGCGGCCGGCGCGGAGGACCUGCUUACCGCCGACCCCCUGGCUGAGCUGUCAAAGGGCACGGACGUGCUGCGGCCGCUCAUGCCCUUCGCGACCGCCUUCCAGCUGCUGCGGGCGCCGCUCACCGCGCACGGCGCCGGCGGCAGGCUCAAGCGCUCGCUGCUGCUGGACACCUUUAGGACCGUUGUUCCCGCCGCUGCGUUCGGCGCCCCCAGCGGCGCGGCGCUGCGCGGCCUGACGCUGCUGGAGGCUCACAUGGGGUCGUUCCAGCCUGUCAUGCUGUACGACUGGCUGCGCGCAAACCUGCCGAGCGUCCUGUCGGUCACUACCCUGGCGGGCGGGCGCAGCAGCAGCGGCGGCGUCGCCGGCGGCGGCGCGGAGGUUGCUGGGGUAGGGGCGGCGGCGGACGCGCCGGCGGCGGCGGCGGCGGCAGCGUUGUGGUGA